AUCUAACAUAAGGGAUACAUAAGAUAUAAAACUUAACAUGCAUAGAUAGUGUGAUAUUUGCACUGAGGACUUAGUUUGAACUAUGUAUAGAGAAAGCCUCGGGAGGAGGCGCGGUUCCUCCUUCAACCUGUAUGACCAGGUCUUAUGCAUCAAUCGCGCGCUGAUUAUAUCUCCAGCAACGAUACAUGGCAACUGGAAUCCUUUGUCUAUUCCAGCAGAAGUCAGCACUAAAGUAAUGUGGGAGAAUGACCAUGGUAUCGAAGAUCGCAAUUUGUGGCUGCCAAACUCCAAUCAUUUGGAUACAACCUUAAACCAAGCAACUAAAACGAUUUCUUCUGUAUACGUCAACCUUUUAAAUGAUGCAUUAUCUGAGGUUACUAAAUUGGAAAAGGAACUUGCUGACCAAAAGGCGGCUGAAGAGAAAGCAGCAUUGCUUGCUAAAAAGCAAGCUGAAGCAUCAACCAAUGAUGCUGAUCUAAAUAAUAACACAGAGAAAUCAAUAUCGCACUCAGAAGCAAAUGGGACGCCAUUAUUGGCACAAUCAACAUUUUGUUUUGCAGAUGGUAGCAAUGCGAUGGCUCUUAAGGCAACAUCGGAUAUAUCGGGGAAUGUCUCAUUAUCAAAUAGCGGGUCAGACUUAUCAUUACGCGACCUAGAUACUGCUAGAACUGAUACCAAUGUAUCCACUACAAUGGAUGAACAGAAACCCUAUUGCCCUAAUAAUGCUUAUACACGGCAAAUAGAUGAAUACCAAAGGGAGUAUGAGAAUUUGAAGAAGGACUAUGAUACUUACGUUAAGAGUACAGAUCCAAAUAUAAAGAAAACACGGAUCGAUAUCGCAAGACAGAUUAAUGCCACGGUGAAUAAGCUGGCGAAUACACAGAAGCAGAUUAACCACUCGUAUAAUACAUUGGUUAAUCUGUCAAACCAAUACAAGAAUGAUCCCAGUGCGCUUACAUAUUUGACUUUCAGGGUUAUAGACACGGUAUUGGAACUGUGUGAACCCGGAUGCCAAAUGUACCUCAAUCCGAAGGCAGUUUGGGCCUCAGCCCAUUUAAUACGCGGUUUGAUGUCAUUGCACAACGGCUGCAGGGCAAUAUACUGGUCACAUGUCAAGCGUGACUGUCCCUAUGCAUUGCCGAGGCUAUAUGAAAGCAGCAGUGAGAAGGAACUUGAGGAACUGCACAAGUGUAACAUGGGGAAUGUUAACUCCUAUUUGAAAAAACAGACGGCUAUAGUGAGGUUCCAUUUAGCGUUAUUAGUUGUAACCGAAGAUUCUCGUGGAAUUUGGUCAUGGUUUUCUGGGUUCCUUAAUGCAUGUACUAGAAGCGUCUUUAGGAUACCGUUAUCUGGUAUUAUCAGUACUGCGCUGUCUACUGCAGCUUACCAAGGAUUCCGGACGUACCGAGAGCAAUUCAGGAAGCUGCUUUUUCUUUGUGAAGACAUGUUUAACAAGGGUUGUUUCAUGGCUUCAAACUGCGAAGCAGCAGAGAUGUACCAUACUCAUAUGUCGCACUUCUUCAAGGAGUUCAGAAAAACUGGGAUAAUUGAGAUGCCGGAUGGUUUUGAGAUGAAGGAAUGCGAGGCCGAGCUGCAACGUGAUUGGUGAUGAACGAAUUAAGUA